CCUUCGGGCAUUGUCUCUCUGAGUCCUACUCUGAUUGAGUUAGGCGCCUUACGAUCUAUCACCGGUCUGAGCUGUCCAGACAUUUGUGGUCUGCUACGUGACAACCCCGGGAACCACUUCUCCGGAUACUCCCCCUCAUGAUGACCCGUGUUUCUACCUAACGAGGCUCAAUCAAUAUCUAAUUUGAAUUUGGCGUGCAUGCAGGUUGCUUAUGUCUGCGACAGAACCCUCGGAAUCCCCGGCUCCUAGUGGUCAUGGGGAGGUUCAGCCGGCCACUCUCAACGAGGGGGGUACAACUGAACAAGUGAAUGCCACGGGCCUCGAACCUGCGGCGCAGCUACAGAAUGACCUUCCAAAACUGUCGGAGGCCAACCAGGACGAGAUGAAGAGAACCGUUGAGAGCGAAGCGCAGACCAGUGCGACGUCUCCAAACGUGGCUCCGAUGCCAUCCGCAAUAGAUCCCUCGAGUCCCCUACCGCUCCCCCGUGAGACGCUUCCAGAGCGCAUGAAGGGGCUUUCCAUAUUGACGACAACACCAGAACCUAUUUUGUCGCCUCCCGCGGAGAUACCUCCUACGCCUCCAGCAAAGGACGAUCCCUACCUGACCCCGAACCCUCACUCUGCAAUUACACACUCGCCCGCGACCGAGUUGACCGAGAAGGAAUUACCGGAAGUUCCUGGAAAUGAACAAGAUGGAAGGAAGAAUACUACUGGCGGAGAUAGUGACUCCCAGUCGGAAAUUCAGAGUAUCAUGGAUCAAUUCCAGGACUCUACGCAUGGCGAUGGGCAGGAACAGAUCAUGUCCCCUCGGCUGGAACUGGCCGAGCAGUUUCUAGGCGGGCAAAGUCACUUCCCACCUCGCCAGUCGAGUCUGGAUCACAGUAAAACGGCGAUUGACGACUCGCGGACACCCAAGCCUACCACAGGGGUAUCAUCCAUCUCGGCUGAGAAACAACCCGCAAAGCUUCCCAGGAAUUCCGUGGCCGACGAAGCGAAGUUGAGCCGGCGCUCGUCAACAUCGACGAUUCCUCCACCCCCCGAGCCUGAGCCCGACCAGCCCUUUGAUUUCCAUCGGUUCUUAGAGCAGUUGCGUCACCGCACUGCGGACCCAGUUGCCAAAUUCCUGCGCUCCUUCCUCCACGAGUUUGGGAAGAGACAGUGGAUGGUCCAUGAACAAGUCAAAAUCAUCAGCGAUUUCUUGGUGUUCAUCACGAACAAAAUGGCUCAGUGUGAAGUCUGGCGCGAUGUGUCCGACAGUGAGUUCGACAAUGCCAAAGAAGGGAUGGAGAAGCUUGUAAUGAAUAGACUAUACUCCCAAACGUUUUCUCCCGCUAUCCCUGGUCCGCCCACAAUCCCACGGAGCGCAAGUAGAAGCAAACGGCGCGAGAUGGAGAGGAUGCACGGCCCGUGGAGGCGGGGACAGCACCAGGAGGAUAUAGAGCGUGAUGAUGUGCUGGCCCAGAAGAUGCGGAUAUACAGUUGGGUAAAGGAGGAGCAUCUGGACAUACCGCCAGUGAGCGGUCACGGCCGCCGCUUCUUGAAUCUAGCCCAGCAGGAACUGUUGAAAAUCAACGGCUAUCGAGCUCCCCGCGACAAGGUUAUCUGCAUCUUGAACUGCUGUAAAGUGAUUUUCGGUUUGCUGAGGAACUCGAAGAGAUCGGAUACGUCAGCCGAUUCUUUUGUGCCGCUUUUGAUUUAUGUGGUGCUGCAGGCCAACCCUGAUCACCUGGUAUCCAACAUACAAUAUAUCCUGCGGUUUCGCAACCAGGAUAAACUUGGAGGGGAAGCCGGUUAUUACCUGUCGUCUUUGUCCGGAGCGAUCCAGUUCAUUGAGACACUAGACCGGACGAGCCUGACAGUGAGCGACGAAGAGUUUGAGCGAAGCGUUGAAGCAGCUGUCUCCGCUAUUGCCCAGCAAAACCGCGAGUCUGAGACUUAUGAGCGAAAAUCGUCAGGACGUUCCGCUGAAGGCUCCCAAUCCGCACCGCGAAGCUCUGUGGAUACACAACGCACGGCGGUGCGAGAAGCACCGCAGUCUAGCGAUGAAGAUACGGCACCAGUUGCAGGGCUUCUGCGAACGAUCCAGAAGCCGUUGUCGACCAUCGGAAGGAUCUUUUCGGACGAGCCAGAGUCGCCACAGGAGCGGCCGACACAGUCUGGUGCAUCUCCACGUCUGACACCGAACGUGUACCAGCCUCCUCGAAAUAGCAGCGAAGGCCGGCGAUCGGUCGAGAGGGCACGUAGUGCAGCCCCUCCGCAAGUUGCCAGGGCGGGCUCUCAAGAUGCCGCUGUCCGUCAAGCCAGUGCUGAGGAUGCAGAGGCACGGAGGAUUCACCGUGUCGAGCACAAUAAUGUCGUAGAGACGCUGUCUAACAUGUUCCCCAACCUCGACCGUGAUGUAAUUGAUGAUGUUGUCAAGAUGAAGGAGGGAAGGGUUGGGUUGGCGGUGGAUGCGUGUCUUGCCCUUAGUGCUGAGUGAGCAGGAUCAGAGAAAGCCAUGGCAGGCAUGUAAUUCGAGGGAUUAGCAUUCAGUGAAGCUCUUAUCAUAGCCGUUUAUGUACUUAUUGCCUGGACUAUUUGCAUAUAAUAGUGCUGCUGAGUGGUAGCUAUAUUUAAUCGAACCUUAACACGUUGUACGCAC